UUCUAUACCACAAGCGGUAACCCCGAGCUACACUCGGGCUUACCAUGCGGCGCUGCUCUGGGGGUCCCUGCCGCACUUACCUUGUCCUUCGUUCCCACGAUGUGUCCCCUGCAGCGUCCCCGGCCAUCUCCUCCGGCCGAUGCCGGCAUCCGGCUUCUGUGUUCCGGUCCCCGUGACUACGGGACGUACGGGCGCCGGCGGCGGGCAGGAAAUUUAAAAAUUUUUAAAAAUGUCUUUUUUUUUUUUCAAUUUUAAAUAUGCUUUGUCCUGUGCCCUGCCUGCAUUUUGUCUUUUCUUUCUG